AAACUUGAGGAACGCAAUUGCUAUUUUGACUCAGAGAGCUCAAAAUCCUAAUUACCAUACCGCCACCUCAGUGACACCGCCGUCCACCCUCGCAAUCGCAAAAUCUCUGAUUAACUUAGCAAACAGUGAACCAAAGUCUCCUUCUCAUGGCGGCCUAUUGAUGAUUCCCCACUCAGUCACUGAACACUCAUACCGGAAAUCAGCAUUACAUUCUUUUUCAAGCCAUGAAACUCCUACAUUCUCCAAUCUUUCGUUCAGUCUAUUCGAAAUCAUUCUCUACGUCCCGGGAAAUGGCGGUAUCCAACGAGGUCCUAAACAUCAUCGAAAGAGUGGAUCCACUGGAACCAGCACUUGACAAACUAGUUCGUUUCCUGUGUCCUAAUAUUAUAUCUUUUAUUCUUGAAGAAAAACGAAAGAAUCCGGAACUGGGUUUUCGAUUUUUCAUCUGGGCUGCAAAACGAAAGCGAUUUCAGAGCUGGGUUCCGAAAAAUUUAAUCGCGGAUAUGCUUGCACAAGAUGGUGGUUUCGAUUUAUACUGGAAUGUUCUAGAUAAACUUAAGUUUUCCGGCAUACCCAUAGCUUCUAACGCUUUUGCAGCUUUGAUUUGGGGUUAUUGGAAGGUAAAUAAGGCAGAAAAGGCUGUUGAGGCUUUUGGUAGAAUGAAAGAUUUUGAUUGUAAACCUAAUAUAUAUACCUACAAUAUGAUUCUUCAUAUUGCGGUUCAAAAAGAUGCUAUUUUGUUAGCUUUAGCCGUGUAUAAUGUGAUGUUGAAGUUGAAUUCGCAGCCCAAUAGUUCUACUUUUAGCAUUUUGAUUGAUGGGUUGUGUAAGAGUGGCAGGACUCAUGAUGCUCUCGCACUAUUUGAUGAAAUGACUGAAAGAGGUGUAUUGCCUAGUAAGAUUACCUAUACGGUUAUUUUAUCGGGGUUAUGUCAGGCUAAGAGAACUGAUGAUGCAUAUAGGCUGCUUAAUGUGAUGAAGACCAGAGGAUGUAGGCCGGAUUUUGUUACUUACAAUGCCUUGCUUAAUGGAUUUUGUAAACUAGGUAGGGUUGAUGAAACACAUGCACUUCUUAGGUCUUUCGAAAAUGAAGGUUAUCUAAUGGAUAUAAAGGGAUAUACAUGUCUGAUUGAUGGUUUUGUUAGAACCAAGAGAAUUGAUGAAGCACAAUCUGUCUUUAAAAAAUUGUUCGAAAAAAAUGUGGUUCCCGAUGUUGUAUUGUACACAACUAUGAUUCGGGGUUUAUCCGGUGCAGGUAGGGUGAAAGAGGCAUUGAGUUUGUUAAGAGAUAUGACAGGGAGAGGUGUGCAACCAGACACACAGUGUUAUAAUACUCUGAUCAAGGGCUUUUGUGAUGUGGGCAUCUUAGACCAAGCUCGUUCACUUCAGCUAGAAAUAUCAGAAAAUGAUUGCUUCCCAGACACCUAUACUUACUCUAUUGUUAUUUGUGGAAUGUGCAGAAAUGGCCUCGUGGAGGAGGCUAGGCAUAUUUUCAAUGAGAUGGAGAAGCUAGGAUGUUUUCCUUCUGUUGUAACUUUCAAUACUCUCAUUGAUGGUCUUUGUAAGGCCGGUGAGCUUGAGGAGGCUCAUCUAAUGUUUUACAAAAUGGAGAUAGGUAAAAACCCCUCAUUGUUUCUUCGUCUCUCUCAAGGUGCUGAUCGAGUCCUUGACAGUGUAAGCCUGCAAAAAAUGAUUGAGAAAUUGUGUGAAACAGGUAAGAUCCUUAAAGCUUACAAGCUUCUUAUGCAGUUGGCUGAUUGUGGAUUUGUACCAAAUAUAGUUACGUAUAAUAUUUUGAUCAAUGGAUUAUGUAAAUCAGGAAUAAUUAAUGGUGCUUUAAAGCUUUUUCAAGAGCUUCAAGUCAAGGGGCAUUUCCCCGAUUCAAUUACAUAUGGGACACUUAUUGAUGGUCUCCAAAGGGUUGGCAGGGUAGAUGAAUCUUUUAAACUCUUUGACCAAAUGAGCAAGAAUGGCUGCAUGCCGAGUGCAGAGGUCUACAAGUCCCUUAUGACUUGGUCCUGUAGGAGGGGACAGAUCUCUAUUGCGUUUAGCCUUUGGUUUCAGUAUUUGAGAAACCAUGCUGUUCGAGAUGGCGAAGUGAUAGGGUUAAUUGAGAAACACUUAGAGAAAGGUGAUCUGGAAAAAGUAGUUAGAGGGUUGCUUGAGAUUGACCUAAAACGGGUAGACUUUGAUUCAUCACCUUACAACAUUUGGUUGAUUGGGAUGUGUCAGGAAUGCAAGCCACACGAGGCUUUGAAGAUUUUUUCCUUACUUGUGGAGUUUCAUGUCAUGGUUUCAGCCCCAAGUUGUGUAAUGUUGAUUCAUAGUCUUUGUGAGGAAGGAAACUUGGAUCAAGCAGUUGAGGUCUUCCUAUAUACUUUGGAGAGAGGUGUCCGCUUGAUGCCACGAAUUUGCAACAAAUUGCUUCAGUCCCUUCUCCAUUCUCAAGAUAAAGCACAUCAUGCUUUUGGUCUCUUGGAAAGAAUGAGGUCUACGGGCUACAACUUAGAUGACUAUCUUCAUCGUGGUACAAGAUCUCUUUUUCGGCAAUGAAACGGGAGGGGAACAGAGAAUCUAUCACAUGGAUAAUGUUGCUUCUCAGUUUUAUCAGGAGAAUCCAUCACAUUGAUAUGGUCACAUGGACAUUGCCAAUGGAAAUAAAAUCUCUGGAAAUUCUUCUGUUCGGGUUCAUGGUAGCCUAUAUGCUGAUCUUAAGGACAUCCUUGAGACAUGGAGGCUAAAGAUACCAAAUGAGUGGGAUAGUUCGUCUGUUUGGUAUGAUUUACAUCAAUGGAGGAAUGAAAUGUAUAAUGCUGUGAUACCCUUUGGGGUGGCCCAGUGGUUUGGGCUUGGACUUUCAUGUUGAAGGUCUCAAGUUUGAAACCCCUUGCCAGCAAAAGCAAGGGUUUGCCUUUUGGGUCGAGCAUUUCGCAUCGGGCUUGCCUAGCACGGGUAACCUCUCCUAUGUGGUUUGCGAGCUAUUGCAUAGGAGCGGGGGUUUUACCAUGUGUGCACCCAACGGAUAGCAGCUGCGGGUUUCUCUUGUCAUAAAAAAAGAAAGUAUAAUGCUGUGAUUGAUGCUUUUAAGGAUUUUGGUACUACAAAUUCACAGUUGCAUCACCUUGGAUAUCUUGACAAGGCUUGGAAUGUCAAUGAGCUUGCUCAUAUUGCUCGUAAGCAGGGUCUUUAUGAGGUGUGUGUGUCUGUGUUGGAGAAGAUGUAUGGACAUUCGACAUCUUUAACACCAAAUGCCAUUUUAUUGUUCAGACAUCUUUAACACCAAAUGCCAGAAGUGAUGAGCGGAUCCUACAGCUUUUCCGUGUGAUGAAUCGGAUGUUUGAUAAGCACAAGGAGUCCCGGCGGCGGCACAUCUGCAUUCACACCCCUAUUAUUAUACCCGUGUGGUCACAAGUUCGCAUGGUAGAGGAUGAUUUGAUGUACAGCACUUUCCUGGAGGUUUAUGAGAACCAUUGUGCAAGGACUUACCAAUCACAUUUUUCAAGGAGCAACUCAACCAAGCAAUAUGUGGACAGAUCUCACCAGAUGCUGUUGUUGAUCUCCGUCUUCAAGCAUAUAACGAGAUCACCAAAAGUUUCGUCACAGAAAGCAUAUUCUCACAGUAUAUGUACAAAACACUCUUGAGUGGCAAUCACAUGUGGGCUUUCAAAAAGCAGUUUGCAAUCCAGUUGGCUCUUUCUAGUUUUACGUCGUUCAUGCUCCAAAUUGGUGGAAGGUCUCUAAACAAGAUAUUAUUUGCUAAAAACACCAGAAAGAUUUUCCAGACUGAUUUCCAUCCUGCUUAUGAUGCAAAUGGAAUGAUCGAAUUUAAUGCUGUUGACUUAAAUAAAUUACCAUCUGCAGCAAAGCCAGCUCUUAUGGUAUCAUCUGGCAAUGUUUUUCCGAGAUGAGUUGUUAUCUUGGUCUUGGAGAAGACCUCUUGGGAUGCCUCUUGCCCCUGUUGUAGGGGCAGGUAAUCUGAACCCUGUGGACUUCACACAAAAAGUCGCUACAAAUGUUGAGAAUGUCAAUGGGCGGAUCAAUGGAAUAGCCCCUCAAUACAUCUCAGAAGAGGAGGAGAAUGGCAUGGAUCCGCCACAAUCUGUGCAGAGGGGUGUAGCGGAGUUGGUUGAAGCUGCCCUUACUCCAAGGAACUUGUGCAUGAUGGAUCCGACGUGGCAUCCUUGGUUCUGAUUAAUUUUUUUCUAAUUUAGUUUUUGUGUUAUGCCAACUUUUAGGUGUCUAAUAGCGUAAUCUAACAUUAAUUAGUGACUGUAUAGUCUCUUUUAUUCACCUUUAGGUGAUACAAGCUAGAUAGUAUUGUGAAUAUUAUUGCUAGUUGCUCAUGUAUAUAAAUGAUCCCUUUUGCCGUCCAGUUCUUUCCAGGCGCUUAUAGAGGCAAUGUUAGUCAGCAAAUAGUGGAAUUAGUUUUACUCA